AUGGUCGCCAAUGCCGUGCCUGGAUCGCUCAAGGACGUGAGCGUGUAUAUCCAGCGCGCGGAAGAAGUGGAUCAGGUUGAUCCUGUGAUAGCAUACUGGUGCAAAUACUACGCUGCGCAACUCGGCGUUUUGAAACCGACAAACGAUGCGGAAGCCAAAGCAUUCCUGGUGCGCCUUAUGGACGACUUGGAAUCACGCAAGCAAGCAUUAAAGGAUAAUGAUGCAGUAAACAACGACACUGUGGGCAAUGCCUAUGUAGAAAACUUUGCGCACAAUGUAUUUCUCGCGGCAGACAACGAGGAUCGCGAGGGGAACGCGAGUCGGUACGCUCACCACCCUGCUCACUUUAGCAACACUGUGCGUGCAUUCAUGGCCGCUGCAAAAUACCUUGAGCUACUCACCGUGUUUGGGCCGUUGGAGCCAGAUGUGCUGACGAAAAUCCGGUACGCAAAAUGGAAGGCUGCGCAGAUUUCCAAGGCGGUCCGAGAGGGCUUGAAGCCUUCUUCAGGCCCUUGUACUACGGAGGAUGAAGAGGUUUUAUCUCGACCUGCCACGCCUAUGCACGUUGGCGAUGAGGAUGCAUCGCAAAGGAGAGACGACGAUGCGAGUGCAAAGAGUUUUAGUGACAAAAGCCAAAAUGCAUCCGAGACCAAGAUGCCUGACGUCCCUGCGCAUACAGCGUCAGAGACGCAGAAACCCAAGGCACACAUGUUUGUCCCCGACGCGCACACGACCCUCCUCACGCCAAGCGCGCCGCCCGCGCAAACACGCGAUACAGAAAGUGGGCUGGGUAUUGCAGACAUUGCCAAAGUACAGAAACUAUCUCGCUGGGCGUCGAGUGCACUCGACUACGACGAUGUUGCAACCGCACGCACGCACCUGCAGGAAGCACUCCACCUGUUGGGCCCCGCGCCGUAG